UCGUGAUAUUUACAGUUAGUCCGAUAUAAAUCGCGUGUGCGUUCACAUUUUCAAAUUUCAAUAUUUUAUAAGAGUAUAAGUAAUGGAAAAUAGUACAAAUAUUGGUGAAAUUAUUAAAAGUACCAGAGGCAAAGAUUUAUUAUUAUUUGCAAAUUUUACGUAUCGAAAAGUUCAUGAAUCGAAAAAUGCUUCAGUACGAUGGCGUUGUACUGUCAGAACUUGCACUGCAAAAGUGUAUACUUCUACAGAAAUUAUUGUAGAAAUAGUUGAAAUUGUAAAUGUACAUAACGGGCAUGAUCAACCAAGUAUAGACAGAAAAAUGUUUUCAAAUGGAUGUAAGAGAAAAGCUGUGGAAAAUCUGUAUACUAAACCAAAUUUAAAUUUAAAUUUUGAUUUUUGCGCAAUGGCGUACACAAACAUUGAAUAUGCAGACAUGGUUUUUAUUUUGGGUUUAGCUGAUGGAAAUGGAAAUCUUGCAAUUAUGUUAUGGGCAGAACGAUUUCCUCAGCGCAGAGUACCUCGACCAAAUACUUCUUUAACAGCUUAUCAUCGUCUGAGUGAAACUGGUAACGCGAGACCUGUGAAUGAACUUGGACGCCCGAGAUUUGUACGUAAUGUAGCGAAUGAAGAAUUGGUACUUGAUUUAGUACAUGAGGAUCCGGAACUUAGUGUCCGACGCAUAGCCUUAAGAACUGGGAUUUCUCCAUCAGUAGUAUUGAGAAUAUUACACCAAAAUCACAUGCGCCCUUAUCAUCGACAACGAGUUCAAAAACUAUUACCACAUGACUAUCCUGCUAGGUUGAUUUUUUCACAAACAAUUAUUAGUAAAAUUGCAAUGAAUCCAAAUUUUUUAAAAAAUAUCUUAUUUACUGACGAGGCUGUUUUUACAAAAGAUGGGAUUUUUAAUCAACACAGAUCGCAUUUGUGGUCUGAAGAAAAUCCACACGCUAUUCGUAUAAGGGGUUCCCAGUACAAAUUUAGCAUAAAUAUCUGGUGUGGAUUAGUGGGAAAUACUUUAUUAGGCCCACAUGAAUUACCAGCUAGGUUAAAUGGUCAAGGAUUUUUAUAUUUUAUUGUGCAUCAGCUUCCGGUACUAUUAGAGAACGUACCAUUGGAAGAACAAGAGACAAUGUGGUUCAUGUUAGAUGGCGCACCUCCACAUCAUACAAAUGCAGUCCGACAGCAAUUGCACUAUUCCCUGACAAAAUUAUUGGUAGAGAAGCUGGAAACAACGCUCAAUAUCGUCCAGACAUAAUAUGGCCA